AUGUUGUCGCUCACCGUACCCCGUCUCGCUCUCCGGGCUGCUGCCCCCACCCGCCAGUUCGCCGCUGCUGUCCGAUACGCCUCCACCAAGACCCUCAAGGAUGCCGUCGCCGAGAUCAUCCCUGGCAAGCAGGAGCAGCUCAAGAAGCUCAAGGCUCAGCACGGCGAGUCCAAGCUCGGCGAGAUCCAGCUCCAGCAUCUCCUCGGUGGUAUGCGUGGCUUGAAGGUCAUGCUCUGGGAAGGUUCCGUUCUUGACUCUGAGACCGGUAUCACUUUCCACGGCAAGUCCAUCCCCGAGUCCCAGAAGGUUCUUCCUACUGCCGCUCACCUUGGUCUUAACGGUAACGAGAUCCUCCCCGAGUCCAUGCUCUGGCUCCUUUUGACCGGCAACGUCCCCUCCAAGGAGGAGGUCAAGGCUCUCUCCGCCGAGCUCGCUGCCAAGGGUGCUCUCCCCGCUCACGUCGAAAAGAUCAUCGACUCUUUCCCCAAGACUCUCCACCCCAUGACCCAGUUCGCUGCUGCCGUUGCCGCUCUUAACCACGACAGCAAGUUCGCCGCUGCCUACGCUAAAGGUAUCAAGAAGACUGAGUACUGGGCCCCCGUCCUCGAUGACUCGAUCGACCUUAUUGCCAAGCUCCCCGCCGUUGCCGCCCGUAUCUACUACAACGUCUUCGGCCGUGGUGAUGGCAAGCAGUCCAUUGACUCGAACCUCGACUUGAUCGGCAACUACUCCAACAUGAUCGGUUACGGUGACAACCAGGGUAUGACUGACUACCUCCGUCUCUACAUUGCCAUCCACGGUGAUCACGAGGGAGGCAACGUUUCUGCCCACACUGCUCACUUGGUUGGUUCCGCUCUUUCCGACCCUUACCUUUCUUACUCGGCUGCUUUGCUCGGUCUUGCUGGUCCCUUGCACGGCCUUGCUAACCAGGAGGUUCUUGGCUGGGCUCUUGCCAUGCAGAAGGCUGUUGGUGAGAACGCUUCCGAUGAGCAGAUCAAGGAGUACCUCUGGUCUACCCUCAAGUCUGGUCGUGUUGUUCCUGGUUACGGUCACGCCGUUCUUCGUCAACCCGACCCGCGUUUCACCGCACUUAGCAAAUUCUGCGACACCCGCCCUGAGCUUAGGGACAGCUCCAUCGUCCAGCUCGUCCAGAAGGUCAGCCAGAUCGCUCCCGGCGUUCUCAAGGAGCACGGAAAGACCAAGAACCCGUUCCCCAACGUCGACGCCGCUUCCGGUUGCGUUCUUUACCAGUACGGUCUGACCGAGUUCACCUACUACACCGUUAUCUUUGGUAUCUCGCGUGCCAUCGGUGCUUUGCCCCAGCUGGUUGCUGACCGAUACCUCGGUAUGCCCAUCGAGCGGCCCAAGUCCAUGUCCAUGGACUCGCUUGAGGCUUUCCUCAAGAAAUAA